AUGGAGUUAGAAAAUAUUCACCCGACAGAGAUUGUCUUCAAGGAACGGCUUUUUAAAUCCCGGCACUCGAAUAUCUUCUUGGUUACUGUGCGUGACCUAACAUGUGUUAUGAAGGUUCAUCAUGGGCGAGGUUCUCCAAAAUAUUACGAACCACUUGACCGCGAACUGGAUAUCCAUAUUCUCGAAUCGACAGCCUACAUGCGACUUAAAGAACGAGGCCUAUGUGAGAAGGGCAUCGUCCCUUACUUCUUGGGGUCUAUCAGAAAGUUUGACCCAUCUCUCUGCCAGCCACAUUUGAAGCCAUUUCUCGAAGAUGAAUAUCUGCCUAGUGCCAUCUUCCUGAGAUAUAUCCCAAACCUUCAGAUGCUCGACCUAAGAAACUAUACGCCACAGCGGAUGAAGAACCUUGUCUCUUGCAUCGCUGAAAUUCACAAAGCCCUUGUGUGGCACGGUGAUCCGAUGCCCAGGAAUAUGAUGAUCAUCAAGGACGACCCUGACAGAGUCAUUUGGAUGGAUUUCGAUCGCGCAGAAACCUAUGAUGAAGAUACAAUCACCAAAGAGCAAAGACAGGGAUUGCAUGAUGAGUAUGAAGAGGUGGACUCGAUUGGACAGCAUAUCUCCGGAAGGGGUUAUCUGUUGUGGAGUGAGGCUACCCUUGCCCCACCGAUCCACUCGCAUGGCUAUCACCUUCCACAAAGCAAUGAUAUCUUCCUCACUGCUUGCUUUCACCACCCCAUCAAGACUACUCAGUCCGAUGAACACCCUCGGCAAACCCUCUUCAGGGAGAUGCAGACAGUCGCCCACAACGGCGACCUCCCUCAGCUACACGCCCAGUUAACAAAGUGGGACAUUGAAGUGACGGAUGGUGUGCCAGCAACCAGCAAGGACUAUCUGUGGUUCGAGCCUACAGUUGUCGAAUGGCUGGAAGUCUUCGACGAGCUGAACCGGCCCCAAGAGAACCAGAAGAGCAUAAGUACCAGCUGGUAUAUCUUCAACCGGUUAUUGAUCGCGGCAUCACGCGCCAACCAGGUCGACAUUGUCACAUUUCUUCUUGAGCAGCGGGGCUGUCCCAUCACCUCGGUUGCACAUAUUCAGAAUAACAUAUGCACCAUCCUUCGACAGAUUGUCAACAACGAGAAUCGGACAUUCUCAGCCACGCCGCUCGACAUUCUACCUUUCCAGUCCUGCAGCUGCUUGUUGAUCACGGUGCCAAUUUUGCGCAUUCGCGCCGCCAAAGGAGGCGAGGCGCGUGUCGAGGUUCUACGAUGGCUUCUCGACGAGAAAGAUUUCCUACUCAACCAGCGCGAGUUUGAAUACAACAUUGAGAUGUUCAAUGACCGCCAGUCCAACGGGUUAGGGACGGCGCUACAUGCGGCCGCUGAGACUAACUCUCUUGCGUGUAUGCAAUUUCUUCUGGAGCGAGGUAUCGAUGCGAAUAUCCCAGAUACACUCGGUCGCACUGCCACAAACCGGGCGCGCGAAUAUGGAAGCCAAGAAGCGGUCUCUUUUCUCGAACACUGGGAAGAAAAUUGA